AUGCCCUACACUGACCAAGAUCCCCUUGAUGCCAGGACAUAUAUCAAUGUUACAGAGGACCUCCUUAAUAGCGUCUUAACUAACAUCACCAUCUCCACCAUUUCCCUCGGGACCUGGUGGGACAUGGUGCCUAUCACUACUACCCAUUACCAAAGUAUAUACUCCUUCGCCAACCCACUGAACCUCAUCCUUCCAUACAGCAUCUACCUUGUAGCCGCUAUCACUUUCGCCGCAAUAGCAAUCUGGUCACUAUCACGCAAUGGUACACCCGCAGCAGACGGCGGCUUCUUGCAGAUCAUGACGGCUACGAGGGGCAAUACGGAGAUGGAACGGCUGGUGUUACGCGAGAAGUUGACGGCAGUUGAGGACAUGUCGGUGGAGCUCAAAGCCCUGAAGGUGCGGUACGGCGAAUUCGUCGGCGAGGAUGUAGUGGGUGUCGACGGUAAGACGGUGGGCUUUGGGACGAUCGAGGAAACGAUUAGUCUGAGAAAACGGAAGUGA